AAUUGCUUUAUGAAAUUCGUAGCUCGACCUUUAACACAUUCUACAUGGAAUCCUUCUAAACUUGUCUUUAUUUCUUUCCUCCAGUCUUGGCCAUUCCAUCAUCCCGUUAAUAAGAAGUUUGUUCCUGAUUAUUACAAGGUGAUUGCUAAUCCAAUGGAUCUGGAGAGUAUCCGCAAGAAUAUCUCCAAACACAAGUACCAGAACAGAGAGACUUUCCUGGAUGACGUUAACCUCAUCCUUGCCAACAGCAUUAAGUACAAUGGGCCAGACAGCCAGUACACAAAAACAGCCCAGGAGAUUGUAAACAUCUGUUACCAAACCUUAGCAGAGUAUGAUGAACACUUGACUCAACUUGAGAGAGACAUCUCUACUGCUAAGGAAGCAGCACUAGAGGAGGCAGAUCUGGAAAGUCUUGAUCCUAUGACCCCUGGUCCCUACACACCACAGGCAAGUGACCAAGCACGUUUCUCAUUUUCUUUAGUGUCAGUCUGCUGCAUGUUUGAUCUAAAAG